UUCGCCCCGAGCGACGUCACGCUAAGGUGGGAGAGCAUUUUUGCUGCCUUCAUCAUCCAAAGAGCCCACACUGACAGCCGUCGCGGCAGAGACGCCUCUACCUGCAGCCGGUGAGCACCGAGAAUUACCGAAACUUCAUCCGGGCGUCAUUUGAGGGCGAGCAGAGUGGGGCCAGCGGGGCUCCGCGCCUGAAGACGUGAACUGUUAGACAUGUGUAAGCGCUCCUCUUCCUCUCUGACUCUGAUAUGACAGUUUUUUUUUUGUUUUUUUUUUAAGUAAAAUGAGUCAGAGCCGAAGAUCCUCACGAGUGGAGCUUUUUCACGCGCUGUUUCGCAGUCAGAUAAGACUUGAGUGUUUUCGGGAUUCGUCCUCGGUCCGCCCUGGAAGCAUGUAACGUGCUGCGACAGAUGGGGCAAAACGACAAUGCAGAGGUUAACCACACCUUUGAAAGCGGACAUCUCUCCAGUAGCCUCUUGACCAACUUUGUUGCGCAUUAAGAUGCGCACGGCCGACGAGCAGUUGAAUUUUUGCGCUCUUCUUGACAGUCUGUAAGCGCGCCUGCACCGACUCCAGCCGCAGACAGCAAGCAGGGACUUCCUAUGUAUUUAAGAAAUAACUCGGUGCUGGCUGAGAUCGUCACUCGAAACUUUGGUGGGGAGUCUCUUUGAGGAUUUCAACAUGACGGCUCGUCUCUCGCGGAUCCAGCUGGCUCUGUUCUUUAUCUCGCUUUGUCCGGUCAAUAUCAUCGGACUGUGGUGGGCGGUGGGCAGUCCACUGGUCAUGGACCCCAACAGCAUUUGCAGGAAGGCAAAGCGCCUGGCGGGGAAACAGGCUGAGCUGUGCCAGACUCAGCCCGAGAUCAUCAACGAGGUGGCCAAAGGAGCCAGGCUGGGCGUCCGGGAGUGCCAGUACCAGUUCAGGUACCGCAGGUGGAACUGCACCAGCCACCACAAAUACUUUGGGAAAAUACUUCAACAAGAUAUCCGGGAGACAGCUUUUGUUUAUGCCAUCACAGCCGCCGGUGUGACCCACUCUGUGACGCAGGCCUGCAGUAUGGGAGACCUCCUGCAGUGCGGCUGUGAGGCCACCAGGAACAGACCGCCUCCGAAGCCGUCCUCCUCUGGGGACGGGGUCAAGUGGGAGUGGGGGGGCUGCGGAGAUGAUGUGGAGUUUGGUUAUGAAAAGUCAAAGCAGUUUAUGGAUGCCAAGAGGAGGAAAGGCAAGAGUGACAUCAGGACGCUCGUCGACCUGCACAAUAAUGAAGCUGGCAGACUGGCAGUAAAGCUCUACAUGAGGACUGAGUGCAAAUGCCACGGACUGUCAGGCUCGUGCACGCUGCGCACGUGCUGGAAAAAGAUGCCGCAUUUCCGUGAAGUGGGCGACCGCCUGCUGGAGCGAUUCAACGGCGCCUCGAAGGUGAUGGGCGGCAAUGACGGGAAGACCCUGAUCCCUGUGGGCCAGAACAUCAAACCUCCGGACAAGCAGGAUCUGAUCUACUCGGACGAGUCUCCGGAUUUCUGCCUCGCAAAUCGAAAAACAGGUUCGCUGGGAACAAAGGGGCGUAUAUGCAACAGCACGGCCAUGGACAUUAGCGGCUGUGAUUUGUUGUGCUGCGAGCGAGGCUUCCGGGAGGAGACGGUGGUGUUUGAGGAGAACUGCUUAUGCCGUUUCCACUGGUGUUGUGUCGUCCAGUGCAAAAAGUGCAUGGUUCGAAAAGAGCUUAGUCUCUGUCACUGACGAACUAAAGUUUAAAGUAGUCAAAUUACUUUGUUAAUUACAACUACUUUUGUUACUUUUUGAAGUUCUUGCUUUAGUUUGGAUAGCGUGAAAGAUGCAGAGGAUCUCGAGUUUAUGGUUAUCAAGCUCAGUCAGAAGUUGAAACAAUGGAAACAAUGGAAACAAUGCCAUAUCCUCCUUCCACCUGCAGUUCAACAACAUUGCUUAAUAGGAGACGUUGCUUUUAUUCCACGAUAUUCUGCAGGGUAGUAAGAAGAUUAAGGACCUCACUAUGGCCCAUAUUCCAUUCCAGUGCUCAUAGACGUACUGUUAUCUAACGGUGUAAUGCUCAUAGACUUGACAUAAAAGAUGGACGUAGCCUCUGGAUCUAAAGAGUGAAGUAAAUGCAAAAGUGCCUUAAACCUGCUUUAAUUCCAAAACCCAGCAGGGAGCAACUCCCCAAUACGUAAUGACUUUAUAGCCUCGGUUGCUGUUUUCAAGUCUUCUUCAACCAGUUUGUAAACGAUGGGCUCAUUUCAGGUAAAACUGACAGUAAAGCAGGACGUGGCAAAUCACCCCCAUAUGAACAUGCCAAUGGGGAUGGUUUUGGUGGCUACACCCAUCUUUCAUAUAUAUUCCGUCUUAACAAGUGUAAUCAUAUUCUUGAGUUUGCAUUUACCAAAAACUGUGUCUCAGUUAUUGUAACUGCAGCGAAUCAACAUAGUGAGAAAACAAAACGAUGCUGGUCUUGACCUGUUGUUCUGCUACUACAUGAAAAAUGUAAAAAAGGGAAACUGUAAACCGUUGUUAUAGUUGCAAAGAUGCUGUUAACACCAUGCUUUGCAGGUGCGGACUUGGCUUGCCAGCAGAGACUAUUAUUUAUAUAAAGAUAUGAUGACUACUUGCUUCCGUCUGUCUCUCAGAAGCACUUUGGAUGCAGCAGCUGCCGCGGACGUCCUCAUCAGCUUGGCAAUCAAACCUGCAGUCGGCUGUUUCUCCUGAACCAAAAUAGAAACCUUUUUUUUUCAUGACAUUUUUUUGUUAUCAAAAAAAUGUAUAUGAUGCAUUUUGUUUAUAUAUUAUGAUAUACAGGGCUAAUAAUAAUAAUAAUAAUGCACUAUGGAUGUUAGCUUUUAUUUGAUACUGUAAGUGCCUGUGUGCGUGCGUGUGCGUGUGUGUGAGAGAAGGUGUGCAUUAUUGUGUUUGUGUAGGUUGGCCAGUUAUCACCAUAUCCUUCAGUGUAUAUAUCUUGUUGCUGUCUGUUAAACUGCAGUAUGCUGCUUACUGAAAGCACACCACUCCUGGACAGUCUGUCUCUGAGCGACACAGACGAGGUCUUUUUUUGUUGCUUUGUUCUUCUUCAGCAGAAAUACCCAUAAACUUAUUGUAUCAUCUAAUUUACACUUUUGUAUAUCUGGCAGUGCACAGCAAGUAUACUGAACUAUAACACAACAUUGCUUCAGUUUGUGCUGUUCAGGUUUUUGUGUUUGCGCGAGGUUUCAUGUAGGUACGCAUUUAUAAUUUAGAGUCAGCUGGUUUUAGCGGCGCACCGUGGCUCACAUCUGGAUGCUUCCUCGUCACUUUUAUCGUCUGCUGUGUGACAGACUUUUAUAACCUAACCGAUGGUUAUUCUGUAAGUCCAUUUUGUAGUUGAUGUUAACCACUUAAGGUCAUGAUAACAGCUGUCACAGCAGUCCUUAGUGUUUUUGUGUGAACGGAGCCAGAGCACGGCAGUGAUGAGGAGGCUGCAUCUUAUCACUAGUGGUGUUUUUUGA